AUGGAGGCGCCCCUGGUGAGCCUGGAGGAGGAGUUCGAGGAGGGGCCCGGGGACGAUGGGGGGACCCCGCAACGCACCGCGGACCCGACGCUGGCGGAGCUGGAGAGCUUCUCGGCCGAGAUGAUGAGCUUCAAGUCAAUGGAGGACCUGGUGCAGGAAUUCGACGAGAAGCUCACCGUCUGCUUCCGCAACUACGAUGCUGCCACCGAGGGUCUGGCCCCCGUGCGGGGGCGUCUCCAGGCACAGGAGGAGGAGGAGCGCCUCCAGGAUGAGGAGGUCUGGGAUGCCCUCACCGACAGCUUCGCCCCCCGGGGCUCCCCCCGGCCCUGGCUGCUCCCCGGGGCCGAGGCCCCCGACGGCACCGACCCCCAGCUCUGUGAGAAGGAGGAGGAGGAGGAGGAGGAGGAGGAGGAGCUCACUGAGAGGAGCGAGCAAGACUCGGGCAUCAACGAGGAGCCACUGCUGACAGCUGAGCAGGUCAUUGAGGAGCUGGAGGAGCUGAUGCAGAGCUCGCCCGACCCUGAGGCCGACCCUGAGGGGGAUGAGGACGAGGAGGAAGAGGAGGAGGAGGAAACCGAGGCCGAUGCUGAUGGCGAAGGCGGUGGCAGGGGCACGGAGCCCAUCCUUCUGCGUGAGCUGUGCGCUUUCUCCCCUGCCUUCAACAACAACUGCUCCCAUGAAGGUACGGCCAAGAAAAUCCAGUAUCUGAACACGGUGAUUCCCUACGAGAAGAAGGGGUCGCCGCCCUCCGUCGAGGACCUGCAAAUGCUCACUAACAUUCUGUUUGCCAUGAAGGAGGGGAACGAGAAGGUGCCCACACUGCUCACGGACUACAUCCUCAAAGUGCUCUGCCCAACCUGA